CGGAGUGGAGUCAUGGCGUCGGGGCGAACGGCGGGGCGGCUCAGCCUGAAGGAGCAGCGCUACGACCGGCAGCUGAGGCUAUGGGGUGAUCAUGGACAAGAGGCUUUAGAAUCUGCUCACGUUUGUGUGAUAACUGCAACAGCCACCGGAACAGAAAUACUCAAAAACCUAGUUCUACCAGUUAUAGAAUCUCACCCUGAUAACGCCUUGGAUGAUUUGAGACUGGACAAUCCAUUUCCAGAGCUGAGAGAACAUAUCCAGUCUUAUGAUUUAGAGCAUAUGGAAAAAAAGGAACACAGCCACAUUCCAUGGAUUGUGAUUGUAUCCCAGUAUCUAGAAAAAUGGUGUCAUGAGAAUAAUGGUCAGAUACCUAAGAACUACAAAGAAAAGGAGGCCUUCCGGGAGAUGAUUAGGCAAGGAAUUUUAAAGAAUGAAAAUGGAAUUCUGGAAGAUGAGGAAAACUUUGAGGAAGCCAUUAAAAAUGUAAACACCGCUGUAAUUGCUACUAAGGUACCAAGUUGUAUUGAAGAUAUUUUCAGUGAUGAUCAUUGUAUCAAUCUCUCACAGCAGACUUCUUCUUUUUGGAUUCUGGCUCGAGCUGUAAAAGAGUUUGUGAGCAAAGAAGGUCAAGGAAAUUUACCCAUUAGGGGUACAAUUCCAGAUAUGAUUGCAGAUUCGAGUAAAUUUAUCAGCUUGCAAAAUAUAUACCGUGAUAAAGCCAAGAAAGAUGCCGAAGUCGUGUCUAAUUAUGCUGCAAAGCUGUUGCAGUCAGUUGGCAAAGCACCAGAAUCCAUUUCUCAAAAAGAAUUGAAAUUGCUUUGCAGUAACUCAGCAUUUCUUCGCAUAGUACGAUGUAGAUGUCUUUCUGAAGAAUAUGGACUGAAUACUUCAAACAAAGACGAGAUCACUUCUCAUAUGGAUAAUCCAGAUAGUGAAAUGGUGCUCUACCUAAUGUUACGAGCUGUGGACAGAUUUUUUAAACACAAUGGUAGAUACCCUGGGGUUUAUAACUAUCAAGUGGAGGAUGACAUUGGAAAACUGAAAUCUUGCCUUAAUAGUUUUCUUCAGGAGUAUGGAUUGCCUGUAACAGUCAAAGAUGAUUAUGUCCAUGAAUUUUGUCGAUACGGAGCUGCUGAGCCACACACCAUAGCAGCAUUCAUAGGAGGAGCUGCUGCUCAGGAAGUUGUGAAAAUUGUUACCAGGCAAUUUGUAAUAUUUAAUAACACCUACAUUUACAAUGGGAUGUCUCAGACCUCAGCAACGUUCAAACUGUAAACCAACCAAACUGUGUUGUUGAAAUCUGUAGCUGCUUUUGAUUUGCAUUCUGUUCUGUUAAAAGUAUUGCUGAAAAGAAUGUAUGAUGCCAGUUGCUUUCUUUGUAUUAUUUUUGUCUUUCUAAAUUCUUUGAAAUUGUAAUAAAGAAUGUACCUCGCAUUUCAAUAAAAGAUACUGGAAUGUGAA